AUGGCUCGGACAGUAGCCGAGAUACGCGCCAUGAAGUCUCAAGUGCAUAACGCGACGAGUGCUGCGCUCGAGAUCGAUCGGAUGCUUGAAGAAACCCAGAGAACACCAUUCACGGCAAGAAUCACAGAAGCUAGGAUUCCCGAGCCCGGGAAGGUGAGAAUCCCGUUCUGCGAAGGAACGACCGAUCUGAAAGCACACAUCACAGCAUUUCGGAUAGCAAUGGGACGAGUUUUCACAAAGAACGCUGCCAAACUGACCGAGCGGGAAGUAGAUGCCGGAUAUUGCUUGCUCUUCUUGGAACAUCUCAAGGGAGCCGCGCUCGAGUGGUUUUCGAGGCAAGAGCGCAAUUCAAUCGGCAGUUUCCAACAGCUCUCCGCCUUGUUCCUUAAACAAUACUCGAUGUUUAUGGAUAGAGGAACUUCUGAUGCCGACCUGUGGACGCUAUCCCAAGGACCGAACAAACCGCUUUGGGAUUACAUGGCAAGCUCUGAAACGGUCUUUGUGGUACAAUCCGAAUCCCGACGGGAAAUAGCACUCAACACACCACAAACGAUUCAAGAUGCCUUGCAUCGGUCAUCAGACUUCGUCGUAAAUGAGGAGGAGAUAAAGAAUCUGGACGAGCAGUACGAAGCAACGAAAGCAGCGAUCCGAAGCUCAAUUUUGACGCGCCCCUCGAAGAAAGGCAAUCCAUCAAACAACGCAACAACACAGAGCUCGGACGAACCUAGAAGCGGAGGUGCACACAACUACCAAGUAGGCGCUGGACGCGGAAGAGGAGAGCCUCGCAACAACACUUGGGUAAGAAAGCCCACCAACUACGACGAAAAGGCAUUCUGCGAGUAUCACCAGACCUACAGGCACUCAACGGCACAAUGCCGAACCCUAGGAGCCAAACUCGCAGCUAAGAUGGCGGCGGGAGAGCUCUAG